CUGCUCUACUUCUUCAACCACACGCUGCCCGAGUGCCACGUGGAGCUCAGCGAGAACACCAAGCGGGUGGCGCUCUUCGUGCUCUACCUGGCCGUGUUCGUGGUCGGGCUGGUGGAGAACCUGCUGGUGAUCUGCGUGCACUGGCGCCGCGCCGGCCGCGCGGGGCUGCUGCGCCUCUACGUCCUCAACAUGGCGGCCGCCGACCUGGGCACCGUGCUGUCCCUGCCCGUGUGGAUGCUGGAGGUCACGCUGGACUACACCUGGCUCUGGGGCAGCUUCUCCUGCCGCUUCGCCCACUACUGCUACUUCGUCAGCAU